UUGAUUUUAGUUGGCCACCAACAAGCUCCCUCCCUUGCUCAUCUGAUCUGGCCCAUCCUCUUCUCAAGAUCUGCAUUUUCCCUCUUGUGCUCGUUAUCCUAGGGCAUUAGCCCCAGCGUCAGGCGGCAGUCCGGGAACGAUAUUAUCUGCGUUUGUGUGUGUGUGGCUCUUGCGGAGCUGACGGUCGAAGGGUGAAUGAGGCUGAUGCUGUUGUGCUGCACGUGGAAGGACGAGCGCAUGGGAGACGAAGGCAGCAGUUUGCCAGUGUGUGCCAGUUGCACUCAGAGGAUCUAUGAUGAGCAGUACCUGCAGGCUCUGAACACUGACUGGCACACAGCCUGUUUCAGAUGCUGUGACUGCAAGGCCUCUCUGUCACACUGGUACUAUGAGAAGGAGGGGCAGCUCUUCUGUAAGAAAGACUAUUGGGCGCGCUUCGGAGAGCUCUGCCAUGGCUGCUCGGAGCCAAUCAGCACGGGCCUCAUCAUGGUUGCAGGCGAACAGAAGUAUCACCCAGAGUGCUUCACCUGCCUGAACUGCGGAACCUUCAUCGGCGAUGGAGACACCUACGCUCUGGUGGAGAGGUCCAAGCUCUACUGUGGGCACUGUUACUACCAGACCAUCGUGACCCCAGUGAACCUGCCGGACUCCCCGUGCUCCAGGAUUCCGCACACGGUGACGCUUGUGUCAAUCCCAGCCUCCAGCGAGGGGAGGCGGGGCUUGUCUGUGUCCAUCGACAAGGACCACGCCCCCAAUGGCCUUCUCCCUGAACAUGGCCACACUGUACGCGUGUCUGAGGUGGAUGCUGACUGCAUCAGUCCGGACGUGAGGAACUCCAUUCACAUAGGGGACCGUAUCCUGGAGAUCAACGGGACCCCAAUCCGGAAUGUUCCACUCGAUGAGAUUGAUCUCCUGAUUCAGAGUACCAGCCGGCUACUGCAGUUGACGAUCGAGCAUGACCCCCACGACCCUGCUGUUUCGGGGGACCAGGUGGAUGGACCCAGUCCCCCUCAACCAAUCAUACGCUCCCCCCACCCCGACAUCACCUGCCUCCGCUCUCGAGCCAUCACGCGGAGCUGUAGUAUUGAUAAGUCUCCAGGGUCCAGUGCCGCCGCCUCCCCGCUGUCCCAGAGGAAGGACAUCGGGCGCUCGGAGUCGCUGCGCGUCGUGUCGAGCGACAGGACGCACAGAAUCUUCCGUCCCUCUGACCUCAUCCACGGCGAAGUGCUGGGAAAAGGCUGCUUCGGACAGGCCAUAAAGGUGACUCAUCGGGAGACCGGCGAGGUGAUGGUGAUGAAGGAGCUGAUCCGGUUCGACGAGGAGACCCAGAGACUGUUCCUGAAGGAGGUGAAGGUGAUGCGUUGUCUGGAUCACCCCAACGUCCUGAGGUUCAUCGGGGUGCUCUACAAGGACAAGAGGCUCAACUUCAUCACUGAGUACAUCAGAGGCGGAACGCUACGCGACAUCAUCAAAAACAUGGACAGUAUGUAUCCAUGGAAACAGAGAGUGAGUUUUGCCAAGGACAUCGCCUCCGGGAUGGCGUACCUGCAUUCCAUGAACGUAAUCCACCGUGAUCUGAAUUCACACAACUGUCUUGUGCGAGAGGAUGACAGCGUGGUGGUGGCGGAUUUUGGGCUGGCGCGCCUCAUGGUGGAGGACAAGGCCCAGGAGACGCAGUCCGGGGCAAAGCUUUCGCGGCCGAAGCGUCCGGACCGCAGGAAGAGGUACACGGUGGUGGGGAACCCCUACUGGAUGGCCCCCGAAAUGAUCCACGGGAGGAGCUACGAUGAGAGAGUGGACAUUUUCUCCUUCGGCAUCAUGCUGUGUGAGAUUAUUGGUCGAGUGAAUGCGGACCCUGACUACCUUCCCCGCGCCAGGGACUUUGGGCUGAACGUGAGGGGCUUCUUGGAUCAUUACUGCCCCCCGGACUGCCCCCCAUCCUUCUUCCCCAUAGCGGCCUUGUGUUGUGACCUGGAUGCAGAGAAGCGCCCCUCCUUCCUCAAGCUGGAGGAGUGGUUUGAGAACCUGAAGAUGCACCUAGACAUCAGGCUCCCGCUGGUCUCUGAGCUGGACCACAUCCAGCAGGCAUUCUGGGAGAAGCACGCUCGCCCGGAGAACGGGCUGCACGCUCACCCAGAGCAGCCCGAGUGAGCCCAGCUCCGCCCAAGAGGACCCCAGGGGCUCCAGUGGACUGGCGUGGGUGGGGGUGGGGGUGGGGGAGGCAGCAUGUGAUCCUGACAGGAGAGCUGUAGUUACAUGCUCCUGCCACAUGGGGCACUGUGGUGGACUGAGGAAGCUGUGCCGUGUGUAAUCAUUUCCUCCUCCCGUCAAAGCCAGAAUGUCUUGAGUGGUUCUGCUGCUGAAUGUGAGGUCUCUGUUGCGCCGCCAUUUUGUUUUUGUUUUUUUAAACUGAGGCUUGAAACCAAACACCAUCCCCUUGCAGGUCCGGCACUUAAAGACUUAUUAUUCUCAUAAUAGCAUAUCAUGUCUAAUGUUUUCAUACCGUCCUGGAAUUCAGUCCUCAGAUAACACUCAGUUGAAAGAGGGCUUUUCCUCCCUCAUAGAAGUGAGUGUCCAGAACUCAUAACAUUGUUUUAUUUAUUUAUGCUUGGGGGGGAAAAACAUGUGAAAAUGUGAGAUUGUGAAAUCUGCCAGACUAAUUAUGUGUACAUUACCCUAAGUCUGUUUGAUUUGUGUGUGUGUGUGUGUGUGUGUGUGUGUGUGAGACACUGAGAUAAUUACUUGUACUGUAGUGUUACUCUGGCAAUUCCUCAAUCUACGUAAUUUCUUGAUUUUAUUUUUUGUGUUGAGUGUAAAGCCCACCUUAAGUGUUCAAAUCACGUUGUAUAGCUUACAAUAUCAUGUGUUGUAAAUGUUUUAAAUUAUGUGUAUGUACAGAAAUAUUUUAUAUACUGAUGCUACAUCGCCAUAUUUUAGUAACCGCCAGGUUGAAACUGUCUGUGGCAGUGAACAGGGUGGGGGUGCAUCCAAGCAGGGCAUGGUCGGUCACCGUGCGGUUUAGUGGGGCGUGGUCUGUAACCAUGCGGUUUAGUGGGGCGUGGUCUGUCACCGUGCGGUUGAGUGGGUGGUUUAACCUUAAUGCUGUUACGAGUGCAUUUUGAGUUUGAGUGAUAGGAGUCCUAGGUGCCUAUUUAGAAUGGGACGGGGGGCAGGAGACACCCCCACUCUGAAAUCUGAUUGUGUUCCACCCUGGGCCUUCCUGCUCACUGUGAGCAUGUGCGUAAAUGGCGUCACUAAGGACGUGUUGAUGUCGGCCCGUACCGAAACCCCAACCGGUUCUGACCGGCUGCUCAGUGUCAUGGAUGGUCACUGGCCUGCUUCGGACCGGGCCCUUCUGUUAAACCCAGUACUGCCUGUGAUUUAAUCGCAAAUGCAGAACCUUGGUGGAAAAAGCAGACAGACCACAUAGACCAGUUUAAAGGAUAAAAAUAAUCUCAUUGAAUCUUCCUCAAAUGGAACCAGUGUAAUCUUUUUAUAUAGAUUUUCCUCUAAUAUAAUUUGCACUAUAUUUUCUCAGCAGCCAGCCCUGAGGUCUAUGCUUAUUUUCUCUGGUGUAAAAUAAGCAUGAGUUCUAAUGUCAACAGGCCCUAUUGGAGCUGCCCUCUGGGUAAUGAGCAAAGCAGAGUCAGGGUCUUUCUGUGAGCACAGGGAGGUCUCUCUGAGCAGAGGGAGGUCUCACUGUAGUAACUCAUAGAUCAAAGAUGAGAAACCCACUGUUUGCUUCUGUUAGUUGAUUUCCAUUACAUGAGUAAACAAAAACUAUGUGAGCUUCAGUUUACAGUGUGAGUACAUGGGUAUACUGGAGAACUCUGUCUAAUGUACAGUGCAUGUAGUUUGACCUUUUCUGCGCUUUCUGGAUACAGAAUUCACUACGAUGCUGUAUAAUGUUCGCUGGUGAUACUCAGGAAGGUGUGCCCUGUGGCUAGAAGAGCAGCUUCUCUAUUGUGUCUCAGGAGUUUGAGGGUCUCGGCGCAUGGUGUUUGGUGCUUUGACUAAAGUUUAGCGUAUUAAAUAUUUAAUUUUAUUUGCCACAUAAAUGCCCCCCGGUUUUGCUGCCUUGCUAACGAUCCUUUCAGUCACAGCCGAUGUGUCACGAGCCUGUUCACGCGCCGAACUCACGACACACAAUGAAAGCCCCGUUCGCGCUCCUCGUUCAGAACGCACUUGAAGUACUCUUUUAACACUGGAAACCCGAAUGUUCUGCUCAGGUAACAAUGUACUGGAGUCGUGGUGUUUGUAGUGAAGCCAUGCUAUCGCAGGAGGGCAGUAGUCCCACUGUGUCGACCAUUACCAUUUCACGCGCAAAGACGCAAUCGAGGGGUUUUAUGUACUUCUUGGAGGGAGUCGGACAAGGCAUGGUGUUUGCGUGAAUGUCUCCAGGAAACUGCUAAUUCUUAUUUUCAAAGGAUCCUUACCUCCAACAUUGCUGUGCCUUUGUUUUAAGCUAGUCUUGCCAACGACUUGUAGCAUGUUUAUCAAAAAUGAUUUUGUAUAAUAAAUGUAUGCCUAAAUAUAUUUUAUAUCAUCACUGAUAUCCUGUUUUAUUAUAUACUCCCCGGGCCAUAUUUUCCAUAUAUCCAUUGUCUUCAUUUAAAUGUGGGGAUUGUGUUUUUUUUUUCUUCUUCUUGUAUAUUUAUUUUUUUUACACAAGCUGUGAAAACAAGUGUGCACUUUAUUUAAGGAUUUGAAUCCGAGGAGAGGACUGUAUCUCACUACAGCUGGAAUUAAAUGACCUCUCCUUAAAAA